CCGUUGAGAGGUUUGGUCGUUGGGCACCGAACCCACUCACCGGUGACACGCGGCACCCACGGCCGCACGACCCGCUGCCGCUGCCUCUGAAGCAACAGGUGGGUGGCGACGAGGUCUGGCUCGACCCGCAGAUGCUGCGGCGCUACACGUAUCAGCGGAGUGUCGGGGAACGCCUCAUUGCAGCACACAAUGACAUUAACAACUAUUGUGGUGAUUAUAUCGAGUCCAAUCCAGACCCGGCGCUCCUUGCGGAGUCGCGGAAAGCCCUGGAAUCGUGGCAGCGCGAAGUUGCCCGCAAUCCACAUCCCGAUCUGUUUGUUAUCACACGUAUGGGUGAACAGUUCCGUGCCAGCACGCUGUUGCCAGUGCCGAAAGUAUUUGGUGUUCGUGGUGGAAACGCGGUUGGCAAAACGAUGGAGCAGGCGAUCGACUUGUGCGCCCUGCACGCGGUAGACACGUUGUGUGCACUUGGUAUUCCGCUUUUUGCAAAUCCCUCGAAACAGCAAGCGUUUCUGGAACAGCGACGACGCAUGGGUCUUGUGACGAUGGAGGACAUGGCGAAGUUGUCUGCAUGCAAAGGACUUGUCGCCAUUCUGGCCCCAUCUUUUUCCGAAUUGGAGUCCAAGUCUCCGCCUACAGAAAAGACGGCACGGCCUCCAUAUCUUCCUGGAUACAUGGUUGAAGGCAACCAACCACGCCCCUUGCCACACAUUUGCGACACGCUGCAAAUUUUACAGCUCCGUAUCCCCGAGGACUUUGAUGUGUACGGCGAGAACCUGAGUGAUGAGGCCGUCCUUGAAGCGGGAAACGAGGCAAAAUUGUGUGUGCAGAACUAUCUACGGUACCAUCUACCUAAGGACAGCAAUGUAAAUGCAUCUAUUUACAUUACCGGAUUUGCCAGGCAGGUGAGUGUACACAACAUCGCGUACCUGCCACUUGUGUUACCCCAGAAGGAUCGUAACGUCCCUGAAAACACGACAAGUACGAAGAAGAAAAAGAAAAAGAACAACAACGCGACCGCUGAUGUACCAGAAGGAAUUGAGAAGACGAAUAAAGCAGACAACGCGCCCCCCUCUUUUUCCUCUGUUACUGCUUCCACGGCCAAUGACGGGGAUAAUAAUAAUAAUACUGGGAGUAUUGAUCAUGUGGCGGUGGUCACGCAGUCGCAGGCUACCAAGGGGGAGGAAGGGGACACGGCAAGGAAGAAUGCUGGGCGUUUACUUGCUGUUGGUAUAUCCCUCAAGAAGAAGGAUGCGGAGAGGAUGUGUUAUCUUCAUGCUGUGGACAUACUCCGCAGCUUGGGUCAAGAUGUACUUUCCACCUAUCGUGCAGGACUUCCACGCCGCAAACAGUCGCCUACAACACCCCAGUCGUCCAGCACGUCAACGCCAUCCCAGGCAGAAGAUGGGACAAACGCGAAUGGUGGUGACAGUAGCAUCGCAGCGAAUAAUGCACAGCCUGACAAUAUGAAGCCCGCAACACCAUCGGCACCGAAGCCAUAUAUGCAUAAGCUCAUGAAACAAUUUAUAACCAGUGGUCGGCAUUACACGCCUCCAAAAAGACGUUUCCAGCCAGGCCCUAACUCGCCCUUUUGA